AUGUCCCCCAAUCCCCAGCUGGCGUCCAAGGUGCAGGCAGCACUCACUGACAACCAGUCGCUGCAGGCCAGCCUGGCAUUCCCUGUUCGCGGCAACAGCAGCUCACUCCUCAUUCCCUGUUCUCCCUUCCUCCCUGUGCCUUCCCAACACCCCACAAACCCCCCCACCCACCCCCAGUUGGCGUCCAAGGUGCAGGCAGCACUCACGGACAACCAGUCUCUGCAGGCCAGCCUGGCAUCGGCGAAAUCCCGGCAGCAGCAGCAGGUGGCGGCGGCAGAGGCGAUGCGCGCCCAGCUGAGAGCCGCCGAGGCCACGCUGGGUGAAAGGGAGGAGGUGCUCCGAAGGGCGCAGGCGGAGAGCGCGCAGGAGAAGACGACGUACGCCGCCCGGCUUGAGGGCGUGAAGCACCCACCCACCCAUGCACAUCUUUUCUUACUCCCUCACGUCCCUCUUCCCUUCUUCCUCACCCACCCACCCACCCACCCACCCAUGCACAUCUUUUCUUACUCCCUCACGUCCCUCUUUCCUUCUUCCCACUUCUUCCCUAUUUCUCUACGUGCUUCUCUCUCUCUCCCUCCCUUAUCUCGCUUGUUCUGCUUUUUGAGACGACUCAAAAGUCUUCCCUAUUUCUCUACGUGCUUCCUCUCUCUCUCCCUUACCUCACUCGUUCUGCUUCGCUCCAUGCAGAAGGAGAGGGACGACGCACAGGCAGCGGUGGUGGUGGUGGAGGGGCGGCUGGCAGCACUGGAAGCGACCUUAAGGCCUCUCCCCCUUUUUUUCAGUUUCCUCUCUCCUUCCAUCCUUGCCCCUUGUGCAAGGGAGAGGGACGAGGCACAGGCAGCGGUGGUGGUGGUGGAGGCGCGGCUGGCAGCACUGGAAGCAAAGCUGCAGCAAGCAGCACAGACCCGCACGGAGAUCUUCAAGAACAACGCCGAGCUCAAAGCCAGGCUGGAGUCCGUCUUGCAGCAAAACCGCGACCUUGCCACCCAGGCCGCCCGGAUGGAGGAGAGCGGGCGGCAGGUUUCGGCGGUAUUCGAGCAGCGGGAGGGUGCGCUGGUGCAGCAGAUCCGGAACCGGGAGGCUGAGUUGGCGGCGCAGAAGAAACGGGCGGCUGCUGAGCUGGCGGGGGUGGAAUCCAGGCUGGAAGGGGAGCUGAGGAAGGCUGAGGAGGAGAAGCAGAAAUACAUGCAGGCUUGUGAUUGGCUGGAGAAGCAGCUUGCUUCUCUCAAGGCGGAGAAUGAGACGACGAUUGCCGACCUUCGCUCGUCUCUGGCUUUUGCCGAGCAACGGGCCAAGGAGGAGGGUGCCAAGGUGGUUCAGCUGCGCGCUGAGCUGGACAAGCAGACGAAAGAUGCUGACCGGCACAAGGCGGCGCUGAAAAAGAAGGUGGCUGAGCUGGAGGGCAAGCUGGGAUCCAGCCAAUCACAGCUCUCCAUUGCCGAGAAGGCUCUUGCCACUGCCACGGCUGCAGCCAAUCGUGUGAAGACAGCUGGACUGGCGGGACUGGACAUGGUGAGCAAGGGAGCGGAGGAGCAGUGGGCGAGGAAGCAUGUGACAGAGUCUCUGCUCAAGCCCGCCCUGGCUGCUGCUGAUGCUGCUGCUGCUGCGAAGACUAGCAGUGGUGCUGGCAGUGACAAGUCAGGCAAGAAGCGCGUGAGCAAGGAGGCGUUGCAGUCGUAUGCGAGGGCCAUCCAGCACGCCUAUAUCGACGAUUCCAUUCCAGUCAAGGAGCAGCAGGCAGGCAUGCAGCUGCUCGUGCAGGAGUUGGUGGCGAUGGGAGGAGAGGAGGAGUGGGCUCGCAGCUUCGUGCAUGACUCCAUGGCCGCCGCCACACCUGCCAGCCCGCGCAAGUGA